CCUGUGACAAUUUCUCCACCCCUGAAACCUGAUCCAUUCGUCGAAUCACUUUCAUCUAGCUUCUUUGUGACAUAUUGUCUUUCCAUAUUCCCUCUCUGACUUCCGUCGGUCACCCCAUCGCACCCCACUUUCUAUCGCUCGUUACUCUUCCCUUUAGCUUUUCGACAUCGUCACAAUGCACCUUUCCAUCAUUUCCUCCUCUGUGCUCGCCCUAGCAGGAGCCACGCUGAUCUCAGCAGCCUCCAGCGACCCCUAUGCCGAUCCGGGCAAGCUCCCAGCAAAAACCGACUCUGCGCAUGGACAAGUGGGAUACAACGACUGUCAAAAGCGCUACGGUGCAUCGUCCCAGUCCUCGAAGUGCCAGAAUGCGUACAUCAACUCUGCAAAGGACUUUUGCCUGUGGGCACCGCCGAAGAAGGCUGCGAUCGGGGACAGCGAGGAAUACGAGAUCUCUUGGUGCAUGGCGUCUGGCUACGGCACACGUCUCAUCCCAGAUGGCACGAUCAAGGGUGCACACUUCCUAAAAACACCAAGCUUUGUUCAAAUCACAGGCGUGGGCGACCUGACAAGCCUGAAUAUUCCCCGGGGCGACCAGGGCGGAGAACUGGAUCCGCAUGGCGCAACAGGUGCAGGCAACCCCAUUGGAGGCCAAGUGUACACGAACGCGUACACAGGUGAAUGGGAGCACAUUCAAGAAUGGCAGAACUUCAUGUCCUACAACGAGUUCUGCUUCAGAGCCUGCCGCGCUGGCCCGCACGCAAAACAGUAUUGCCCUCACAUCUACGACCUUAUGGGAUGCCUUUGGAAUGAGCCAGCCAACUACGACAAGAACGUCUUUGAAGACUGCAACGGCAACGAGGGCAAAUACCCUGGCGUGUACGGCACUUCGACUUGGCAUCAGGGGCAAAACCCGACACCUCCAGCUCACAAGGCAGGAAAGUCGUCCCAAUGUGCUCGAUAUGCGACCAUUUCCAAUAGCCAAGCUACCAAGAUUCCGACCGUUCCGGCCGGCGCAGCUCAGAAGAACGCCUACCGGCCGCUUAUUGAGACCCCUGAGGUCGACCAACCAUCACUCAUCAAAGUCAUCAAGAGGAACUGAGCUAUUUCGAAUCAGUACUCCGGAAUUUUCUCUCGUGAUUACGCUGCACUCUCACACCCUUCGACAAGUCGAUGCGGCCCCUUCGUACUCUCAUGUGUAUCAAAACCUUCGUUUCGAGUCAAUCACGCUUCCCACGUGUAUUAUUAUUCGCUACAAAUGCGCAAAUCGAUUCCCUUGUUCUCCCA